AUGCAAGUGCAACAGAGCUGCCCUCCAGGUCCAUUCUCAAUCAGGUUUAGUCUUCCGGGACCAGUGGAUCCUCGCUUGUUUUCUCCACGGUUUCAACCUUGUGGGCUCCUUGAAGUUGUUGUCGUCAAGCUUGGUUUUGGAUGUGAAAUGGACCAAACGCAAACGAGGUACUCUGUUUUUGCGUUAGAUGCGGCAAGGAUACAGUGGUAUCAUUCCAAGGCGAUAAUAGUCGCCGGAAUGGGACUAUUCACAGAGGCUUACAAUCUCUUCUGUAUAGCUCCGAUCAUGAAAAUGAUUAGCCAAACUUAUUACCACAAAGACUCAAUCCGAACCGCCCUUCUCUCUCAACUUCCUACGCCAUCGCUCUCCUCGGAACCGCCAUGGGCAACCGAGUUGGACGCCGUCGAGUCUACCAUCUCUGUCUUCUCAUCAUGGUUUUCAGUUCCUUCGUUUUGGUGUAACGACCGGAAUUCUUUAAAUAUGGGCUGGAUUUGA